CGGCCGCUCUGGCCCCGCCCCGCCCCUGCCCGCCGCGCCUCUCCUCCCCGCCCCUCCCGCCGGCCGCUGCGUGCUGACGUCAGCGGCGGCGUGCCCCUGCGCCUCAGCCGAGGAGACCCCGCAGCUGCCAACGCCCGGCGGAGACUCUGAGGUUCUCAUUGGAGUUGAUAUUCCAGUAGACUUCAGCGAUGCAGACGAUCAAGUGUGUAGUCGUGGGUGAUGGUGCUGUUGGUAAAACCUGUCUCUUAAUUUCGUACACAACAAAUAAAUUCCCAUCGGAAUACGUACCAACGGUUUUCGAUAACUAUGCUGUAACGGUGAUGAUCGGAGGAGAGCCGUACACCCUGGGCCUCUUUGAUACCGCAGGUCAGGAAGACUAUGAUAGAUUACGACCCCUCAGCUAUCCACAGACAGAUGUAUUUCUGGUCUGUUUUUCAGUGGUGUCUCCUUCUUCAUUUGAAAAUGUGAAAGAAAAGUGGGUACCUGAAAUUACUCACCACUGUCCAAAGACUCCUUUCCUGCUUGUUGGGACCCAAAUCGAUCUAAGGGACGAUCCCUCAACAAUUGAGAAACUUGCCAAGAACAAGCAGAAGCCCAUAACUCCAGAGACGGCUGAAAAACUGGCCCGGGACCUGAAGGCCGUCAAAUACGUGGAAUGCUCUGCGCUCACGCAGAGAGGUCUGAAGAAUGUGUUUGAUGAGGCUAUCCUAGCUGCCCUCGAGCCUCCGGAAACUCAGCCCAAAAGGAAAUGCUGUAUAUUCUAAACUCUCUCCUUCCCCUCUCGCUGCUGCUUCCUCUGUCCCACUACUGUAGAAACCUGGUUAUAAAAUGAAUAAAACCUUGACUGAAAGCUGUUGUGUCUGCUUACCACCUUAGAGCAACCUCUGUAUUAGCUCUUGGACUGAAAACGAUACUUAAGAUCUUUAGUAAAAUGUUGUGACCGUGGAACACCAACUGGACUCGCUUAACUCUCUGCUGCUUGGGUUGCCAGAUGCGGGUAGUUUUAUAAUUCAGGCUGUUGGGGGAAAGGAGCUGCUUACAUCACUAUUUAAAGAAAGAUCGAAAGAAUAAGACGUGAUGUUUGAUCUUCCAGAAUCCGACUGGAAGAAACGAUGCGCGUUUUGUUUCCAAUUUCUACUUGUGACUCUUGUGAACUGUAUUUGCAUGACAAAAAGUACAUGAAACGGUGACCUGCAAGUGACGCUGUAACGUGAAGGGUUUUCUGGUUCUCCUUUGUGCAGUGAGAUGUUGUUCUGUCGCUGUUGCUUUGGCUGUCUGUGCUGUGGUGGAGUAUUUGUCAGUCCUCGGGGGGAAGGAAAUAUCGAUGUACUUGCUAUUGCUUUAUGAACUGUUAAAAUUCCUGCUUUCGCUAACAUGGUAGAGCUCUUCAUUUCGAUGAUGGAUCCGUAAAGCCUGUUACUGUAAGAUGUAAAGCUGCUUCUUACUCUCAUGCUUCUGAUUUUUAUUGUUUCAAGGAGAAAACAUCAAUUGUAGCUUGUCUUUACAUUUGGAAAUUAAAAACUGCGGUUGUUUGUAUAAACGACUGAUGAAGCUUUAUUCCGAUUUGCAUCUGCUUCACUUUAACCCUCCACGCGGUGUGCGGUUCCCGCUUGGUCCCCACUUCUCUGACCCCACGGCUGCUUUAACCCUCGGGCGUUCGGGACCAGCAGCCUGACCAGGCCAUAAACUGGAUUUCUUGUUGCAUGCUUGGCCUUGUCUCUCCUGACACACCUGCUCCAGAUCCUGGAAUGAACGCAGCACUUUCCGCUUCGUCAUUAGCAUGUGAAAUGUCUUAAUAGCCAAAAGAUACCGUAAGGAAAUGACUUGGGUACGUGUCUUUUGCUUCUUGCGGAUUAGACCGGUGUGGUCUCGAAGGAUCCUGCUCGGAGAACGAGACGCGGUGCGAGGAGCCGCUGGCGGCCGCGGAGGCUCCGGGAGCUGUGGCUGGCACAGGCGGCCCCGCCGGCCCGGGGUUCGUCAGCCGCUUGGUUUGCUGUGCUUUUGUUUGUGUGCAAACUCAAAAAUGAGACCGCCCCUCUCUCUCUUUGCCCCUUUUCAGAAAGGCCUAAAGAAUGUAUUUGACGAAGCGAUAUUGGCCGCCCUGGAGCCCCCGGAGCCGAAGAAGACUCGCAGGUGUGUGCUGCUAUGAACGUCCCUCCAGAGCCCCUUCUGCAGAGCUGUUGUUUGGUGUCGUACUAAAAAGCAAUGUUUAAAUCAAACUAAAGAUACAAAGUUUAAAAUUUGUUUUUGCAAUAAUGACGAAUGCCCUGCACUCCCGUCUCCCCCACACGACCCCUGUGUGAGAUGAGAAUGUUAGCGUUUAUUCCCCGGUGCCCCCUCAAUUCAGUUAAACUAGUUAAUUUUGAGUAAUUAUGUAUUACCAGAAAACACUGAUCAGUACUAGUUGUUUUUUAUUUUGUUUACUGUUUCUAAUUUUUUGUUUAAAAUCCAGGCAUGCUUGUGAUGACUCUUUCUGUAACAGACUAAUUCGAGGCUGUUUUACUCAAGCCUUGUCCCUUAGGCCAGUCUGGCAAGACUUGGUUCUGGUUUCAAGAACUCGUGGGGCUGUUGUGCAGCCAGACGCAGCCUGGCUGUGAGCAGACAAAUACAGGAAAGCAAAAUGUCCCAAGCUGGUGCUCCUCGAAGGAGGAGUGUAGAACAUGGAUCUGCACCUCCUCCGAAGUUGCCUUGUUUCUUCCCCUGGCUUUCUGCUGUGCAGGUCAGAAAUUUCUACCCCGUCCUCUAAGUUAUGAAGCCUUAGGAAUAGGAGAAUCCUUUUCUCUGGAUGCACCAUCAGACUUGAAACUAGCUUGCCACUCUUUAAUCUUGACAUCGUCAGCUUUUGUUACAUGUUUUAGAAAUAACUGCACCUUUUAAAGCACGAUGCAGUCGGCUUUUAACCAACCAAUGCUUAAUUAAUAGAGAAACGCUUACAACGACCCGCGCGGCCACUGCUGCUGGGGCGCCGCAGGGCCCUGGUGGGGGUUGAGCUGAGCUCCGCGCUGGCCCUGGUGGUGCAGUCUCCUCUGGAUGGGGUGGAAAGCCAGACCUGCGGCAGGAGGGGUGUCUGGCCUUGAGUUACCAGCUGGGGGAACCCCCUUUCUUCUGCAUUUUGCUCCUUAAGUAACCUUGAACCUGUGAGGUGGGUUCCGGCCGCCGAGGAUCGUGCGCAGCGUCUGUACGUGGACCGGCUGCAGCGUCAUAGGGGUUUUACCAAAAAUACAGUUUGGCUUGCAAAUUCAAAGGGGUUUUUUUUUUUUUUUGUUUUUUAAGACCUAAGGAAUCUUCUCCAUCUUCCAAAAUUCCGAUUUCUUGUAGACUCAUUAGUGUUGAACCAAUGCUUUUUCAUGUCUAAGUUCUUUGUAUAUGCAUUCUUUUCAGAUGUAUUAAACAUAAAGUAUCUUCACAA